CGAUGAGCGGGUUGUGAGGGGGCCGGGCGGCGAUGAACGGGUCAGGGCGGCUGCCGGCCGGGCCCGCGGAGCAGCUGGGCGCGAACGGCAGCGGCCCCGCGGAGCUGCGGGAGGGCACCCACGCCGCCACGCUGGCCGCCUGCGCCUCCCUGCUGGCCCUCGUCUUCUGCCUCGGCUCCUACGGCAACCUCAUCGUGCUGCUCUCCUUCUUCGACCCGGCGCUCCGGAAAUUCCGCACCGACUUCGACUUCAUGAUCCUCAACCUCUCCUUCUGCGACCUCUUCAUCUGCGGCGUGGCCGCCCCCAUGUUCGCCUUCGUGCUGUUCUUCGGCCCGGCCCGCGGCGUGCCCGGCGCCUUCUGCUUCACCUUCCACCUCACCAGCUCGGGCUUCAUCAUCAUGUCCCUCAAGACGGUGGCGGUGAUCGCGCUGCACCGGCUGCGCAUGGUGCUGGGCAAGCAGCCGCACCGCGCCGCCUCGGCGCCCUGCUCGCUGCUGCUGACGCUGCUGCUCUGGGCCGCCAGCUUCACGCUGGCCACGCUGGCCACGCUGCGCGCCCGCGGCUCCCGCCUCUGCCUGCCCAUGGCCAGCCUGCCCGGCGGCCAGGGCAAGCUCAUCCUCUACCUCUACGUCACCGACUUCAUCUGCUGCGUGGCCGUGGUGUCCGUGUCCUACGUGAUGAUCGCCCAGGCGCUGCGCAGGAACGCGCGGGCGAGGCAGGGCCGGCCGGCGGUGGCCGCGGGUACCCCCCGGGCUCAGCCCUUCGCGGGCCCGGAGCUGUACCGGACCCAGAGCUGCAGCAAGCCGCCCCACGGGCACGCCAAGCCGGCCGGCCGCCUCCCGCUGGCCUCGGCCGUCAACCUGGCCGCGGCCAAGGACUCCAAGGCGGUGGUGACGUGCGUGGUCAUCGUGCUCUCCGUCCUGGUGUGCUGCCUGCCCCUGGCCAUCUCCUUGGUGCAGGACGUGCUGUCCGGCAGCGGCGGCUUUGUGCUCUACCAGUUCGAGCUGUGCGGGUUUACCCUCAUUUUCUUCAAGUCGGGCUUAAAUCCCUUUAUCUAUUCCCGCAACAGCGCGGGGCUGCGGAGACGCGUGCUCUGGUGCCUGCAGUACGCGGCCCUGGUGUUCUUCUGCUGCAAGCACAAGACGAGGCUCCGAGCCGUGGGCAAAGGCAGCCUGGAGGUCAACAGGAACAAGUCGUCGCACCACGAGACCAACUCGGCCUACAUGUUGUCUCCGAAGCCUCAGAAGAAGGGUUUGGAGCAGAUCGGCGCCAGCCACUCCAAGGACAGCGUGCUGAGCCCCAAGGCGUCGGCGGGGCAGCAGCACUACGGGCAGAGCAGCUCCACGCCGAUGAACACGCGGGUCGAGCCCUACUACAGCGUGUACAACAGCAGCCCCUCGGCCGAGGGCAGCACCCCGCACAGCCUGCAGCCCGCGGGCUCCUCCUUCGCCUUCGCCAAGCCCUGCGGCGCCGCUGCCCCCGCCAGGCACAUCCCGCUGCCCUCCGUGUAGCCCCGGCGCGUUCCAGAGGUUCCCCUGCUCUGCUCGGGGCAGGAAUCGCUCCAAACUCCACCAUUCUGCUGCUGUUUGCGUUCGGAGCAAAGGCGGAGCUGCCGCCUCCGUGACGCGUCCUGGAGCUCCCCUGGAGAGCCAGCGAGGGGGUGCUUUACACUGGGAGUUGGUGGGUUUUGUUACUCAGCUUUACUGCUGGGCAAGUAAAAAAAACCGAGGUGCCACGAUUGUGUGGUUUAUUGUGUCAUAAGGCCAGGUUGGAGGGAGUUCAGGGUAACCUGGGACUGGGAAAGGUGUCCCUGCCCGUGGCAGGGGAUGGAACUGGAUCAGCUUUAAGGUCCCUUCCGACCAAACCAUUCUGUGAUAACACUGAGUAUUAUAAAUACCUUGUACUUUCAGGAAGGAGGUGUUGGGGAGGUGAUUGGUGGUAUUUGAGUUUAAACUUCUGCCAUUUCAGUAAUGACAAAAGUCCUUUUAUCUUCACAGAGUGAAACCCUGAUUCUGGUGAGGUAAAUGGCAAAAUUUCCAUGAACUCAGCUAAAUUUCAGGAUUCCAGUUUUGGCUUCAAGUGGGACAAGGCUUUGUUUGGUCAGUGUUCUAUUUGGGAAGUGUGGCACUUAUAAAUCUCUGCAGUAUGUAUAUUAAUAUGUGCUGAGCAUUGAUUUUAAUGAUGGUGGCAUUCUAUACCCUGAAAUAAUUUGAAAAAGUGUUUUACAUCUGAUAGAAAUAGCCAUGCACUGCCUAAUUAUUUGCAUUACUUGAGGAUAAGGGUGAGUUUUGCAAUAUUAUGUGGCUGAUACGCCAGGAGGAGCAGAGUCACCUCUGGAAUUCCCUGGCUGGUCAGCUGUCAGGCAGAGUCGUGUUGCUGCUUGCUCUUUUGCCCAUGCCUCUGUAUAAACUGGGAUUUAUACAAAGGCAGAACUGACAGGUAUUAACGUUUUUUAAACCAGAAUGACAAGUUUUUGUGGUUUUGUUAAGUCUGACAUCGGUUUGAUUUCAUCUGUCUGCUUAGAAAUUUUGUCUGUUGGUUUACAGAGUGAGCAAAUCACAGAAGUUAAGUAUUUUUAAAAUAAAUUCACCCAUUUGUAUCUUAUUGUGGGAAUUCCCUGGGAGACAGAACAAUUCAGGGGCAUUUACAUUCCUGACACUUCUUGCUCUGAGUGGCCAGAUCUCUUCCAAACAAGCAAUCACCUUUCAGUUUCUGUGGCCUUCAGCACAGCCCCUUGUCUCCAAAAUAAUUGUGCCACAGGCUUUUGAUGCCUUGCUGUAGGAAAGUGCCACAUCUUCAGGAAAAUGACAGUGAUGGGAACGUGAUUUGUUACUUCAGAAACAAAAAAUGUCCACAUCAUUGCUGUCUGUGAGUUGUUGGUUCAGGUUUUUUGUUAACUAAACUGUUCUUGAGGUUCUCCUGGAACACUGGUCUUUGUUUAACACUGGAUAUGAAUGAAGUCUGAAUAAUUCAAACCAGCUUUCUUGCAAUAAAAUCAGUGUGAACAAUUUUCUAAUACAAAUGUAAAAUGGAAAUUAUUUCCCUAAGUCUUUUCU